CUCAACAUUGUCAGCCAUAUCUACGUAUAUCAAUGGAUUACGUAAGUACAAAAUAAUCUGAGUGAGAUGCAAAAUCAGGGAUUAUUGGUCAUCGCGGGGUAAUUCAUUGCAUCAGCCUAGCUCAACCUUCAAUCACAUCCACCACUUCACAGUCCUAGCCAUGUUUACCGGUCUUGUUGAGAUCAAGGGAGGUAUGUAAAGAAUUACUGAAUGUCAAUUGAAUCUCUCUAACAAAUCCCCAGUUGUCUCCGACAUCAAACUCGACAGUCAAUAUGGAGCCACCCUCACCAUCAGCAACGCCACCUCCAUCCUCACCGACUGCAAACUCGGCGACAGCAUAGCCGUAAACGGUAUUUGUCUCACCGUCACAACCUUCACCAGCGAUAGUUUCACCGUCGGUUGCGCCCCAGAAACUCUCCGUCGCACAAAUGUCGGUUCUCUACAAGUAAACUCCGAAGUUAAUCUCGAACGCGCCGUUUCCGCAGAUACACGUAUGGGAGGACAUUUCGUACAAGGACAUGUGGAUACGGUGGCGGAGUUGAUCAAGAGGGAAGAGGAUGGUGAGGCUUUAACGCUGAGGUUGAAACCCAGGGAUAAACAUGUUUUGAGAUAUAUUGUCGAGAAGGGUUAUGUCACGCUUGAUGGGGCUAGCUUGACGAUUACAAAGGUUGAUGAGGAGUGGUUUGAAAUUAUGUUGAUUGCGUAUACGCAGACGAAAAUCGUGACAGCGUUGAAGAAGGAGGGGGAGUAUAUUAAUGUCGAGGUGGAUCAGAUUGGGAAGUAUGUCGAGAAGGCUGUAGAGGGAUAUUUUGCACAGUCCUCUAAUGGAGAUAUGGCUAUUUUGGAGAAGAUGGUGGAGCGUAUUGUUGAGGCGAAAUUGGCGAAGUCUGGUGGGAAUUGAAAAAUUCACUUUGCGCCGUUCGAUGCCAAAUAAACCCAGUGGUAAUCAUUUUUGCUAUCUAGAUAAAAUAGUCAAAGUCUAUGACAUCUCGCUAUGUAUUACUAUGAAAAUAUGGACUGCAGUUAAGAUCCUACAUGUUCAAUGUUCGCA